AUGCAAACGAGCUUCCCAGCUCGGGCUUUUGUGUCCCCCUUUACGAAUACAGCUCUCGACUAUUACCAGUAUUUCAUGCCUCGAUGCCCUGUAUCUCACAGCCAGGUGCCAGGUAUAAGCUGGGCCCUGCUGCACAAUAGCUUGACUCAGAAGCUCACACUCCAGGCCGUUCCCGCUAAAAGUCUCGCCUGGAAGAACCGGAAGACGACGCAUAAAAACCUCAAGGCGCAGGUUGCCGACUCGUCACCGGAACACCUCGCUAUCGCCGCGGGUCAAGUUACCGGCGCGACAAUCGCUGGCUACUAUGAGGUCAUUGACGAUUACUGUCCAAGCUCUAGCAAGGGUUCUAAGAAAAGCCUCGUCAAAAAGAACUGCGCUUGUGAUUAA